CGACGUCAUGCAUCAUUGCAUGUGGUGGAGCAUCGAAGUGGAACUUUCACAACCACCAGAACCUCAUAUAUAGCAGCCCUCCGCUCGUUCUGUCUACCUCCCAUAUUCAAUUGCAACCACACACACAACUACCACCACAAAAGCACUUUUUUAAUACCCAAACCACCUUACAUCGCAUCAAAAUGCCUUCAUUCACAGUCUUCAAGGGCUCCAAGGAGGGAAAGAUUGUCAAGGGCGAGACAACAAGGCCCGACCUCCAGAAGGACCAGGUCCUCGUCAAGAUCACUGCUUCCGGUCUUUGCGGCACAGAUGAGCACUACGCCAAGGCAGACAUGGCCCUCGGCCACGAGGGUGCUGGUGUUGUCGAGGAGACAGGGCCUGGCGUCAAGAACCUGAAGAAGGGUGACCGCGUUGGGUGGGGAUACCAGCACGACUCUUGCGGCGACUGCGAGUACUGCCUUACUGGCCGCGAGACCUACUGCGAAAGCCGUCAGAUGUACGGUGGUGCCGACCUCGACCAGGGUUCUUUCGGCUCCCACGCUGUCUGGAGGGAGGCUUUCCUUUUCAGGAUUCCCGAGGGCAUUAGCGACAGCGACGCUGCCCCUCUGAUGUGCGGCGGUGCCACCGUUUUCAACGCCCUCUACACAUACGGCAUCAAGUCCACCGACCGCGUUGGUGUCAUCGGUGUUGGCGGUCUCGGCCAUCUCGCGAUCCAGUUCGCUGCCCGCAUGGGCUGCGACGUCGUCGUCUUCUCCGGAACCGAGAGCAAGAAGGAGGAGGCCACCAAGCUCGGCGCCAACGAGUUCAUCGCCAUGAAGGGCAAGGACAAGAUCGACAUCAGCCGCAAGGUCGAUGCCCUCCUCGUCACCACCUCCGUUCUCCCUGACUGGAAGCUUAUGCUCCCUGUCAUGGCCCCCACCGGCAAGAUCUUCCCUCUCACCGUCGAUGACGGCGACUUCAAGAUCCCCCACAUGGGCCUCGUCGCCGGCGGUCUUACCAUCCAGGGUUCCGUUGUCGCUGCGCGAUCAGUCCACCGUCACAUGCUCGAGUUCGCUGCUCUCAACAACAUCAAGCCCAUUACCAUGGAGUUCCCUAUGACUGAGGACGGUAUCACCGAGGCUAUGGCCACAUUGAGGGAUGGCAAGAUGAGGUACCGUGGUGUCCUCAAGCCCCAGUAGAUUACUGGCGGGCAAACAUCUUCAAUUAAUGAGUAUGGUUUAGCGAAGCAUAGAGGGCAUGGAGUUGGAAGCACCUAAUGUAAAUAGAAUAAUAGACAUGAUCAUGAUUCACAUUGAUAGCCUCUAUCCCGUGACAUGCGUGAUGCAAGCACAUGUCUCUAAGGUUUAUGUUGUGUUAUCACACAUGAUAAAGAAUG